AAUCUGAGAAAGAAAGGCGGACACAGAGAAAAAUGGGAAGGUCAAGAAGAAAAUACAAAGAAUCAAGAGCAAAAGUGAAGGUAGCUUUACCAAAGAGAUACCCUAACGUGUUUAAACCGUCGUUUAAUGUACCUCCGAAACUCCGCUCUCUGCUCGGCGUCGAUCGUUCCAAAUGGGACGACAAGGCCAGCGUCAUCAAAAACUACAAAUCAUUCGGCGUCCUUACAAACCCUAACUUGCUCGGCGUCCGAUGCCGAACUCCUCACAUCAUUCAGAACGAAUCUCUCAAUGUCCCUCCUCCGCCGUCUGACGGACCCAUUGACGAGUUCGAACCACUCGAUUCCGGCAGUGAACUUGAGGAAGAUGAUUUGAAAUCGGCCCUUGGAAAGAAGCGCAAGGAUGGGAAAGGUGCACCAUUGCAACCAUUGACCACUAUGCAACGUGUUCAUAUCGGUCGGCUCGUUGAAAAAUAUGGAGAUAACUACCAGGCUAUGUUCAUGGAUACAAAAUUAAAUGUGAUGCAGCAUUCAGUGGCAAAUAUUGAGAAAUUGUGCAAAAGAUAUCACUUUUGUAAAGAUAAGAAUCCCUUAAUCUUGUCUUGAUUUGAGAACUAAUUUUAAUUUUGUUCCAAUGUUGUGGAUGUGUUAUCCAGAUUUCCUCUUAUGUGGGGAACUAAUUUUGUUCAUUGUUAUGUAUGUCUUAGUUUACAUCUCAUCGCAAUGUGGCAGAGUUAACUCUACAUUUGAUAAGAUGGUAAUAUUAAAUAGACAGAAACUUUGGCUUGAGAUGAA